CAGCACUAAGUUUUAAAGCAGUUUGAACAGGAAGGCGGACAUGUUGCUCGGGCACUGGGAGAAUUUAUUAUUUUUGAAACAAACAACGUCGAUAAGCGAGUGUUAGGUCGAUGUGUGGACGCCAGUAGACGUGUCCGGAUUACUGCACGCCUUGGUGACGUCUAUAAGCUGAGGUGUAAACACACAGGACACUUUUUAAAACACGGAUCAUUACUUUUUUUUUUUUAACUGUUUCAAAUUGUGAAGGCGAAGUUUUUUUUCCGCCGCUUCUUUGCAGCUGUCACAGCGAUCUGGAUUCAGGCCUGGGAGCUUUAUAACGUUAUAUAUGAUUUUUAUUCACUUCUCGAGCCUUUAUAAGUCAUUUUAAACACAUCGACUCCUUGUGUGAGGAUUUGGGCGCUAAUUUAAGGCACAAAUCAGUUGCUGGAACUUUUUUUUUGUUUUCUUUGCCGACUUGCAAUGGACUAAUCAGGAUUAAAACGACCUCCCUUUUUAUUUUUUAGACUGUUGUUCUGUGAACAUGUGGAUUUUUGUCGUGUUUCGCUCCUUUAUACGCGGUGACGAGACUGAAAAGGUUAAAAGACAGAAGAAUCGGCUCCUCUGAUCAGUUGACUCGGAGUCAAAAGGAAGUUAGCUAGCUGGAGCUAGCAGGCUAAACUUAUUAGCUGGACGGUCGCAAGGAUUAAAACAAACUAUAUAUAUAUAUUUUAAUUUAUCGUGGGAUUGGACUUUAAAAAGAGAUAAAAAUGUCUGCUGGGGAGAGUUUAACGGCUCGUUUUGAGAAAAUCGAUUCCAUGUUGAAUGAUCCGAAGUCAGAGAUCAACACCGACUGUCUGCUGGACGGUUUGGAUGCUCUGGUCUACGACCUCGAUUUUCCUGCCCUGAGGAAGAACAAGAGCAUCGACAACUUCUUAAGCAGAUAUAAGGACACCAUCAGUAAGAUCCGGGAUCUGCGGAUGAAGGCUGAUGACUACGAGGUGGUGAAGGUGAUCGGUAGAGGAGCGUUCGGAGAAGUGCAGCUCGUGAGACACAAGGCCAGCAGUAAGGUGUAUGCGAUGAAGCUUCUCAGUAAGUUUGAGAUGAUCAAGCGCUCAGACUCUGCAUUCUUCUGGGAGGAGAGGGACAUCAUGGCCUUCGCUAACAGCAAUUGGGUUGUACAGCUCUUCUACGCCUUCCAGGACGACCGUUACCUUUACAUGGUGAUGGAGUACAUGCCUGGAGGAGACCUGGUUAAUCUGAUGAGCAAUUACGACGUGCCCGAGAAGUGGGCUCGCUUUUACACGGCCGAGGUGGUGCUGGCGCUCGACGGCAUCCAUGCCAUGGGAUUCAUCCACAGAGACGUGAAACCUGACAACAUGUUGCUGGACAAAACGGGACACUUAAAGCUGGCAGAUUUCGGCACUUGUAUGAAAAUGAACAAGGACGGUAUGGUACGAUGUGACACAGCAGUGGGAACUCCAGACUACAUUUCUCCAGAGGUACUGAAGUCUCAGGGUGGAGACGGCUACUACGGCAGAGAGUGUGACUGGUGGUCUGUGGGAGUUUUCCUCUACGAGAUGCUUGUCGGGGACACGCCGUUUUAUGCCGACUCUCUGGUGGGAACCUACAGCAAGAUCAUGAACCAUAAGAACGCGCUGACGUUUCCCGAUGACAACGAUAUCUCUAAAGAUGCCAAGAGCCUCAUCUGCGCCUUCCUCACAGACCGGGAAGUAAGGCUAGGGCGUAACGGAGUGGACGAAAUCAAGCGACAUCCUUUCUUCAAGAACGACCAGUGGACCUGGGAUAACAUCCGUGACACUGCCGCCCCAGUGGUGCCGGAGUUGAGCAGUGACAUCGAUACAAGUAAUUUCGAUGAUAUAGAGGAGGACCGGGGAGAAGAGGAGACCUUUCCCAUACCGAAAGCCUUUGUGGGGAAUCAGCUUCCGUUUGUGGGCUUCACCUACUACAGCUGUCACCAGUUUACCAGAGGACCAAGUGCAAAAACCAGCAACAAGCAUGACCGUGCAAGUAAAGAGGACAAGAGCCAGUUGGAGAAUCUACUGAAGAAAAUCCACCAACUGGAGGAGCAGCUUCAUGGAGAGAUGCAGCUCAAGGACGAGCUGGAGCAGAAGUGCAGGGCCUCCAAAACCAAACUAGACAAGAUCAUGAAAGAGUUCGAUGAAGAGUGCAACGUAAGGAAAACUGCAGAGUCCAGUCUGUCUCUGCUGGAGAAGGACAAGUUGAUGCUGCAGCACAGAACCACGGAGUUCCAGAGGAAAGCAGACCAGGAAGCAGAGAAGAGACGCAACCUGGAGAGCGAAGUUUCCGCUCUGAAAGAACAGCUGGAGAACAUGAGGAAGCUUAGCCAGAACACACAGGCUUCCAGUGAUAAGAUUGUUCAGCUGCAGCACCAGCUCGAAGAGGCCAAUGACUUGCUGCGGGCCGAGUCGGACACGGCGGCACGGCUGAGGAAAAGUCAGACGGAAAUGGCGAAGGCCAUGAGUCAGCUGGAGUCACAGAACGGAGAGCUGCAGGAGAAGAGCCGAAUGGUGGACGACUCCAGGAGACAGCUAGAGAGAGAACUUAUGCAGCUACAGAACACGCUGGACACGGAGAGACGGACCCGCAGCCAGGGAUCCGAGGAGAUCCGUCAACUACAGGCUCGCAUUGUGAGCCUUCAGGAAGACAACAAGGACCUGAAGCAGAGCAUCUCCAAGGUGGAGACGGAAAGAAAGCAGGCACAGGAAAGGAACAACAUUUUGGAGAAGGAGAAGAAUAGUAUGGAAAUUGACCUAAACUAUAAGCUGAAGAUCCUGCAGCAGCGUCUGGAUCAGGAGGUAACGGAGCACAGAGUCACGCGGGCUCAGAUCAAUGAUAAAUACGAGUCCAUAGAGGAGGCCAAAUCUGCAGCCAUGCAUGCGGUGGAGCAGAAGGUGUCAGAGGAGAGCGUGCUGCGCCUACGGGCUGAGAGUCGGGUGGUGGAGGUGGAGAAGCAGUGCUCCAUGCUGGAGUUUGACCUCAAGCAGUCCGUCCAGAAGAUGGAGCAGCUUAUGAAGCAAAAGGACCGACUGGAGGAUGAGGUGAAGUCUCUGCGUGUUCAGCUGGAGCAGGAGUGUGGGAAGCGGGCGAUGGCUCAGAGCGAGAUGAAGAGCUGGUGUGGUGAAGCUGAAAGGUUGAGAGGGACGGAGAAGCAGCUGAAGCAGGAGAUCAACACAGCACUGGAGACCAAGCGCUCACUCGAGUUCCAGCUUGCACAGCUCAGCAAGCAAUACAGAGGGAAUGAAGGUCAGAUGAGGGAGCUGCAGGACCAGCUGGAGGCCGAGCAGUAUUUCUCAACGCUGUAUAAGACUCAGGUGAAAGAGCUGAAAGAGGAGCUGGAGGAGAGAAACCGACUGGUGCAGGAAGUGCAGAGGAAAGUGCAGGAGAUGUACAAUGAAAGGGAAUCUCUGAUGGCUCAGCUGGACCUGACAGUGACAAAGGCAGAGUCGGAGCAGCUGGCGAGAGCAUUACAGGAGGAACAGUACUUUGAACUGAGCCAGGAGAGCAAGAAGAGUUUAUCACGACACAAACAGGAGCUAACCGAGAAGGAGUCCACUAUAGCACGGCUUGAGGAAUCCAACAAAACUCUGACCAAAGAUGUAGAGAACCUCAGCAGGGAGAAAGCCGAGCUAGACGAGAAUCUCCAAUCACAGAAGGAUGUGUUUGAAGCUCAGAGAGAAGAAAUUUCAAAUGCCAUUAAGGCCAACUAUGAGAAGAUCCUCAACCAGGAACGGACACUUAAGACGCAGGCGGUGAAUAAACUGGCUGAGAUCAUGAACCGUAAGGACAUGAAGCUGGACCAGAAGAAGCGCGGUAGCACCACAGACCUGCGCAAGAAGGAGAAGGAGAACCGCAAACUGCAGCUGGAACUCAACCAGGAGAAGGAGAAGUUCAACCACAUGGCCAUCAAAUACCAGAAGGAGCUCAGCGAGAUGCAGGCGCAACUGGUGGAAGAAAGCACGUACCGUAAUGAGCUGCAGAUGCAGUUGGACAGUAAAGAAAGUGACAUCGAGCAGCUCAGAGAGAAAUUGAACGACCUGCAGCUGCGUAUGGAGAACACGAGUGUGACGAGUUUGCAGACAGACGAGGUGGACAGCAACACUGCAGAAUCGAGAUUAGAAGGCUGGCUCUCAAUCCCGAACAGAGCCAAUAUCAAAAGAUACGGAUGGAGGAAGCAGUAUGUUGUAGUGAGCAGUAAGAAGAUUCUGUUCUAUAAUGAUGAGCAGGAUAAAGAGCAGUCCAAUCCCUCCAUGGUGCUUGACAUUGACAAACUCUUCCAUGUGCGUCCAGUAACCCAAGGUGAUGUAUACCGCGCCGAAGCAGAUGAAAUUCCCAGAAUAUUUCAGAUUCUGUACGCUAAUGAGGGCGAAUGCCGUAAGGAAGUGGACCUGGAGACCAUUCCUCAAGGCGAGAAAGCUAACUGCCUUGCUCACAAAGGGCAUGAAUUUAUCCCUACACUCUACCACUUCCCAUCAAACUGCGAAGCCUGCUCCAAACCACUGUGGCACGUCUUUAAACCACCACCCGCACUUGAAUGCCGCCGAUGCCACGUCAAGUGUCACAAAGACCACCUGGACAGGAAGGAGGACGUCAUCGCCCCAUGCAAAGUGAACUACGAUGUGACAUCUGCACGUGACAUGCUCCUGCUAGCUCUCACCCAGGAUGAGCAGAAGAAAUGGAUUGGCCACCUUGGCAAGAAGAUUCCCAAAACACCUCCAUCUAGUUUCUCCCGAGCAUCCCCUCGUACCAUGAGCACUCGCUCAGUAGCUAAUCAGUCAUUCCGCAGAAACCCUAGAUUCAGCUCCGGACAGUCCAGCUAACCACCUGAAUCUUCUCUCUGAAACAUUUGGGACUCCUCAAUUGGGACUUUGUACAUCACAGAUUAUUCAAUAAAAACCUUAAACAAAACAAAAAAAACUGCAUUUAAAGGUAAAUAACGGAAUUAACCCUAAAUGACGGAGAAGCUGGUGGGAAAAGGCUGCUCCUGUCCUCUAGGCUUCUCACGCGGCUCGUGAUGGGACCACUUGUUGCUCUGAAGGGAACUUUGAUGGGAUUUGUAGUAAACGGUCCUUCACUCUUGGAAAAAAAAAACGUUGACCCUAAAUUUUGGCGAAACCUUGGCCUGAUGGACUCUCUCAGCCUUAAUGUUCCUGACGGGCAAUAAAUUAAUGUGGGGCAAUAAUCAAGACGGAGUACUGGGUACUGAGUAUUAGUCUUUUUUCUGUUUUCCGUUUUUUUUUUGUUUUUUUUUUUGAGGAGCAUGCAAGAUCAUUACAAUCUAUGCAUAUCAUUGUUAUAAUAAUUAUCCUUAUUGUUGUUAGUGAAUUCUCCAAGCCACAGGAAUCCACCAGAACGGCUGAAGGAGCUUAAAUUUCAAUGACUGUUUUUUGCUUUUGCUUUUGCUUUUGUUCAUUUGGGUAUAUUAUUACUGAAAUGUUUCACUGUAAUGUUUUAUAAUUUUUUUUUUUUGGUAAUGUAUUGCCUUACUUUUGAUUCCUAGAUGAAUGGUUGAAAAAGGAAGAAAAGAGAAACAUUAAGUUAACAAAUGUAAAACUGCACUGUUUGAAUUGUAAGUUAUUUGUAGAAGACUAAAAACAGGUGUAGCGUUCAGCCCACCUAGUGCCUUACCGACUUUUACUGCCAUAUCUGUUUGUGUUCCUCUUCUCAAUGGUAAAUCCUAACUAUUGUUUUUUUUUUUUUAAGAAAAAAAUAUAUAUGAUGUGAUGUGUAUCAUCCACCUUCUGGUUUUAUCAGGGCGCGCCGGCGCAUAUUGAACACGUUGUUCAUAAGAAUCUCCAAGUUUAGUGAGACGGUGAUUUCGGACACAGGGGGGCGAGGAAUAGACUCGUGCCGACGUUAAUCUUUCAUAAAAGUGAAGAUGAUGUUAAGAUUUCCUGGAAUGUAUGACUCAAACCAAGAAGAUUGCUGUCUGAACAGGAAACAUGGCUAACAAGUAGCAUGAUUCCUAAUUUUGGAUCGUCAACGCUUGUAUAUGCAGUCACCCAGAAAUUCUACCUAAUCAGCUAGUCUACUAUGUUGACCAUUUCAGAGCCUCCUUUCUAACAUUGCUAGAUAAAUAUCUGUUGUAUAACCAAUGACCGGCACAUUCUUUCUUCAUAGCUGUAUGUUGUAUGAAAUAAUAAGGGUUUAGUUCCUCCACUCUUCAUUACAGAGGCUAAAAUUGGAAGCGCUAGCCUUUAUUAGAACGUAAAGAAGCCUUAAACGACCCCAGAUUCUCAAACCCGGUUGAAGUUGAACUCGGAUCGGUUAAUCACGUGACAUCACAAUGCUUUAUUUUAUUCCAUUCAUUCUUCAGCUCAGUGUAGUGUGUGGAAUAAAAUGCUAGAUUUAAUUGCACCGCUACAUAAACACAAAUUGAGCUAGCGUUGAAUUGCUUAGCUAACAUCGACUUUGCCCUGGUAGCUAGUCAGAGGUAAUGACCAAGCUAGUUAAAAUAAGAUUUGUAUAAUUACUGUGUCAAUGAUGCGAGUAGCUCAGUAUAAUGAAAAGCAGCAUGUCGAACCACAGAGGAGAAACGUCUUAGUAAUGUCAUUGGGUGAUCAGAUCGAACUCCGCGCUUACUCUGCUCAGGAUGGCGCUUUGUUUUUUUUUUUCUUCAAUGAAAAGCCCUUGAAUCCUUUUUCAAAAAAAAUUGUUGUAACCCCUCCCCAGCUUUUCCUGGACAAAGUCUUGCUUUUAUUUUUUUUCGCCCAUCACCAGGUGAGACAGAGAUGAUGAAAUACCACCUUAGUUAUUCACUUCAGCACUGGAUCUAUGGUGGCGAUCUACUUGGAUGAACUGCAUGUUUCAUUAGGUUUGGAGGCCCGCACUGAUGGAUGUCUGUCAAUAAACGAUAUCUUUGUCACCUACACAGA